GACAGAUAAAAUAGAAGCUUUAUUAGACCUCGUCAGAAGAUUAGCUCCUCAGAAUAUUGACAGCAAUUUGGGAUGUCUUAGCGAACUCGUCAGUGACGAUCUAGAUACACAAGAUGAAUUCCUUGGUAGCGUGGAUAAACCCUUAGAGAUACGCACAGAUAGUAGCAACAGAGAGUAUCUCAUCUGCGAUUACAACAGAGAUGGCGAUAGCUACAGAUCUCCAUAUACCAAUAGCUACAUCCCUGAGUUAUCAGAUGGCACAUUGCCAUCUCCUCAAUUACGCCAAUUAGAAACUGGUAUGAAUGACGCAUUAGAAACCUACAGAGAUAUGUACUUUGAAGGUGGCUUAUCUGGUGUAUACCUAUGGGAUUUAGAUGGCAGCGCUAACUUCGCAGGUGUUGUCUUAAUCAAAAAGACCGUUGACGAUGGUAGUUGGGACAGUGUACACGUAUUUGAGGUCAGCACACAUGGUAGAGAAGCCAACUAUAAGCUCACUACUACGGUUAUACUCUCAUUAAAAAACGAUGAGAAGGAAUCAAAGACAAACUUGUCGGGCAGUUUAACCAGACAGUGCGAAACUAACGCUAAUGUUCCUGCACCUUCUGCUCAUAUAACCAACAUUGGUAGAUUGAUUGAAGAGCAUGAAAGAGGUAUAAGGAAUAGCCUGGCUGAAGUAUACCUUGGUAAAACUAAAGAUAUUCUUAAUGAAAUACGUAUAAUCAAUGGACAAGGUGAGGAGUUCAGGAAGAGAUCGCUCCAACAAGAGUUACUUGGAAAGUUAAAGUCAAAGUAGAAAUUGAAUGCAUCUAAGCUGUUUGUUCGUGUCUUUCCUUUGACAUCCUUUGUACAUAAGUAGU